UUUAUUAUCCUUGUCUCAAUUCUGCAAAUUUUUUCAGCGUUUGGUUUCGAUGUUCCUGGAAAUUUACAGUUUUGGAAUUUGUGAGGAAUUGGGGGUUUGUUAGAUAUGAAUACAGGCAAUUAAAUUUGCAUUGGGUCUUUACUGUUCUGAUAUGCAUGAGAACUUUCUUGAUUAAUUCUUGCGUACGCAAACUUUUCUGGGUCCAUUCAGAACCUGGGAAGCAAACUCUGUCUGAAAAGCUUCUGCUGCAUUUGGAAUAAUUGUUCACCUAGGUUUUCCCCAUAAUUCUGCAUUGAAUGGAACAGUCGAAAUUGUCUGCUGAAUCUCCUUACAAGGAGAUAUCAGCCAGAUGGGAUCCAGAUGAAGCAUGCUUGCCUGUAAUUGAUGAAGCACCUGUCUUUCAUCCAACUGCUGAGGAGUUUGAGGACACCCUUGGUUACAUAGCAAAGAUACGCCCCCUGGCUGAACCACAUGGCAUAUGUCGGAUAGUCCCUCCACCUUGCUGGACUCCAUCUUGCCCUCUUAAGGAGAAAGAUAUUUGGGAAAAUGCUAAAUUUCCCACCCGUAUUCAGCAGAUUGACUUGCUUCAGAAUAGAGAGCCCAUGAGAAAGAAAAGCAGGGGAAGGAAACGAAAACGUAGAAAGAACACAAAAAUGGCAAUGUGCAGGAGACUUGCCAAUCCAGAUUCAGAAGUUAAUGCUGCUUCUGAAUCUGAUGAAAAAUUUGGAUUCCAAUCAGGACCAGACUUCACACUCAGAGACUUUCAACGAUAUGCUGCUUUUUUUAAAGAACGCUACUUUGGGAAGAAGGAUAUCAAAGAGGAUGGACAAAUUAGUGAUAAUAAAUAUCAGAAAAGGUGGCAGCCCUCUGUGAAGGAAAUUGAAGGUGAAUACUGGAGAAUAAUUGAGCAACCAACUGAUGAGGUCGAGGUGUACUACGGAGCUGACCUGGAAAGUGGAGCACUUGGAAGUGGUUUUCCAAAGGCUGAUUCUCUAACUAAGAGUGACUUGGAUGAGUAUACACUAUCUGGCUGGAAUCUGAAUAACAUCCCACGGCUGCCAGGUUCGGUGCUAUGUUUUGAAGGAAGUGAUAUCUCUGGAGUUCUAGUGCCUUGGCUAUAUGUUGGGAUGUGUUUUUCAUCAUUUUGCUGGCAUGUCGAGGAUCAUCACCUUUAUUCACUAAAUUAUUUGCACUGGGGCGAUCCAAAAGUAUGGUAUGGAGUACCUGGCAAUCAUGCUACGUCUUUGGAGGGUGCGAUGAGAAAGCAUAUGCCUGAUUUAUUUGAGGAGCAACCUAAUUUACUCAAUGAACUGGUCACUCAACUAUCACCUUCAAUUCUUAAAUCUGAAGGAGUUCCUAUAUUUCGCACUGUCCAGCAUUCUGGGGAAUUUGUAAUUACCUUUCCUAGAGCAUACCAUGCUGGCUUCAAUUGUGGUUUCAACUGUGCCGAGGCUGUGAAUGUUGCUCCUGUAGAUUGGUUGCUGCAUGGCCAGAAUGCUGUUGAACUUUAUAGUCAGCAGUGCCGUAAAACAUCAUUGUCACAUGACAAGCUAUUACUAGGAUCAGCUCAGGAAGCCAUACAAGCCCUUGCAGAAGUUCUUCUUGAAGGAAAGGAAACUCAAAAAAAUUUGAAAUGGAAAAGUGUCUGUGGGAAAGAUGGUGUUCUUACUAAUGCUGUUAAGACAAGGAUAAAGAUUGAGGAAGAGCGGAUACAACGUCUGCAGACUCCCAUAAAAUUGGUGAAAAUGGACAUCAACUUUGAUUUGGAUAAGGAAAGAGAAUGCUUUGCUUGCUUCUAUGAUUUGCACCUUUCUGCUUCAGGCUGCCAAUGCUCUGUUGAUAAAUACUCUUGUCUAAGACACUCAAAUUCGUUUUGCUCAUGUGGAUAUGAUGAAAGAUUUGUUCUAUUUCGUUAUCCUAUAGAGGAGCUAAAAGAGUUGGUUAGAGCAUUAGAAGGAGGGUUAGAAGCUAUCAAGUCAUGGCUAAUGAAGCUAAGGUUCGGUUGCUCAGAGUCACAAAAGGAACAAGAUGAUGUGGUCCUUGAUAGUGAAGAAAAUGUAUCAGACAGAGUGCUACCUAACAGUGAAUGUAAAACGGAAGCAGUAGACAUGGACAGUUUCAAUAAAAGCACAUCUUUGACAAGCGAGAGCUUUCUAAUUCAGAAGUUUGCUGCAUCUGUUGAGCCUGUAAGCCUGGGCUCCAUUGUGCUUGGAAAGCUGUGGUGCAGUAAGCACAAGAUAUAUCCAAAAGGAUUCAAGAGUCGUGUCAAGUUCUUUAGCAUGCUUAAUCCAUCAACAAUCUGUAGCUAUGUUUCCGAAGUUCUUGAUGGUGGCUUAAUUGGACCUCUUUUCAAGGUUAGCAUGGAAGAACAUCCAAGUGAAAGUUUCAUGAACAUGUCAGCAGAGAAGUGCUGGGAAUCAGUUCUGGAGAGAGUAAAUCGUGAGAUCAUCAGGCGCAGAAGCCUAGGGGAACUAGAACUUCCUCCAUUGGAGCUUCUGCAAGGCAUAAACGGUCUACAAAUGUUCGGAUUCCUUUCUCCAUCGAUCAUCCAGGGUAUUGAAGCUCUGGAUCCCAGUCAUCAAUGCGGAGAAUACUGGAACCGCAAGGAAUUAAUCUCUUCUGUAUCUUCCAGCAGUACAAGUGAUGAUGUCAAGCUUGUGCGUGGCAGUUCGAGUAGCCUGUCUGAUGAAAAUGAUGAUAAACUUAUAGGAGAAAAAUGUGACUCGUUCGAAGGGACGAUACUGGUGCUCAAAGGAUUGUUGAAGAAAGCGAACCUGGAUGAGUUAAUCACAAUGCAGAAGUUACUGGGGUCUAAUGCAGAAAGUACUCAGUGGAGAGUGGAAAUUGCGGCUCUGAUAGAGGAGAUCCAGAAAAGCUUGUAGAUAUAGAACAGGGAAUAAGAUCUCCAUUAUUGCUGAUUUAUGGUAGUCAUAAUCCAUUUAGCCAUUGAUUAGGUCCAUUCUUUGGUC